UGAAAUAACUUCGUUUUCCCAGCUUUUAAACUAGUCUAUCCUCUCUUAUUCAUUGGCUAUUGCCGCCCUUCCUCGAUUAGUUUUUAGUGCAUUAAAAGGUCCGUUUUCUUCGCUCUCGAAUCCUGUUUUGCUGCUGCUGCUCAGUAAUUGUUGAAGCAAAAGGUUGAAAAUGGCUCCAAGGAACAGCCGCGGAAAGGCCAAAGGAGAGAAGAAGAAGAAAGAAGAUAAGCUUCUUCCAUUGGCGAUGGACAUCACCGUACACCUCCCCGAUGAAACUCAUGUUAUUCUCAAGGGAGUAUCAACGGACAAAAUCCUAGAUGUUCGCCGUCUGUUGUCGGUGAAAACUGAGGCUUGCCACAUCACCAAUUUUUCGUUAUCUCAUGAGGUUAGAGGAGCGCGGUUAAAAGAUACGGUCGACGUUUCAGCACUCAAGCCGUGCAUUUUAACUUUGACCGAAGACGACUACACUGAAGAGAGCGCGGUGGCGCACGUUAGACGGGUGCUGGAUAUCGUCGCCUGCACUACGUGCUUCGGGCCAUCCGCCACCGUCAAAGAUCAGCCCAAGCUUGACUCUAGCAAGAAUACGCCGGUUGCGCUGGACAAGGGUAGUGUCGCCGCCAAGAAAACUACCGUCAUUAAGGAUAAAGAAUCUUUGUCGAAAUCUUCAACGAAGGACGUGCCAAUUGAUGCAGAAGGAGAGAUAAGCCAUUCUCGUCCUAAGCUCGGCACCUUCUACGAAUUCUUCUCUCUCUCUCAUCUCACUCCUCCUCUUCAGUUUAUAAGGAAAGGGGAGAAGCGGCAUGUUGAGGAGCUGGCCAGUGACGAUCAUAUCUUCUCUCUUGAAGUUAAGCUUUGCAAUGGAAAGCUGGUUCAUGUUGAAGCUUGCCGGAAAGGAUUUUGUAGCGUUGGGAAGCAGCUGAUCCUUUGUCACAAUCUUGUUGAUUUGUUACGCCAACUCAGUAGAGCUUUUGAUAAUGCUUACUCUGAUCUCAUGAAAGCGUUUUUGGAACGUAACAAGUUUGGGAAUCUUCCUUAUGGCUUUAGAGCCAAUACCUGGCUCGUACCUCCAAUCGCAGCACAAUCACCUUCAAAUUUCCCACCUCUCCCCACAGAGGAUGAAACAUGGGGAGGCAAUGGAGGCGGUUUAGGAAGAGAUGGAAAAAGUGAUUUGAUACCUUGGGAAAAUGAGUUUUUAUUUCUGGCAUCUAUGCCCUGCAAAACAGCAGAGGAGAGACAAAUACGGGACAGAAAAGCAUUCCUUCUUCACGGUCUAUUUGUUGACGUGGCCAUUCUCAGAGCCAUUAAGGCUGUGAAGUAUGUAAUGGAAAAUCUGAAUCCAAGUUGUUCAAUAAAGAAUGGCGAGAAUCUUUACACCAAGAGAGUGGGGGACUUGAAUAUUACGGUAAUGAAAGAUGCUUCAAAUGCGAGCUGUAAGGUGGACACUAAAAUUGAUGGUAUUCAAACUAUUGGAGAUCAAAAUAAUUUGCUAGAAAGGAACUUACUGAAAGGGAUCACAGUUGAUGAAAAUACAGCUGCACACGACAUUUCAACUCUAGGUGUGGUAAAUGUGAGAUACUGUGGCUAUAUUGCCAUUGUGAAAGUUGAGGGGAGACAGAAGGAGAAAAGCAGCCUUCCAUCUCCAAGCAUUGAAUUAGAGCAGCCUGAAGGCGGGGCCAACGCCCUCAAUAUUAACAGUUUGAGAUUACUUCUUCACAAAACAAUACCUCCAGAACUCAAUAAGCCAACUUCACCUUCACAAGUUUUGGAACAUGAAGAGCCUAGUUGUUCUCAAUUUUCGGUGGAGGACCUGGUGAAAGAAAGUCUUGCUAAACUUGAGGAAGAGGAACUCAAACAGGAACCUUUCAUGAGAUGGGAGCUUGGAGCCUGUUGGAUACAACACUUGCAGGACCAAAAGAAUACAGAAAAAGAUAAAAAGACAUCCAAGGAGAAGCCUAAGAAUGAGAUGAAGGUUGAGGGACUUGGGACACCUCUUCGGUCCCUCAAGAACAGGAAAAGAACAGAUGGGAGUGCAGGGUAUGGAAACUCAAAUUCUCAACCAGGUGCUGUUGAAAUCGGUGCAUUUAUGGAAUCUCCACUUCAAACCCAUUCAAGAGAUGAUGAACUUGGUUUGAAGAGCAAGUUAUCUGAAGAGGCCUUCACUCGACUAAAAGAAUCAGAUACUGGACUUCAUAGCAAGUCUUUGCAGGAACUUAUUGACUUGUCACAGAAAUAUUACAUUGAAGUGGCUCUUCCAAAAUUGGUUGCAGAUUUUGGUUCUUUGGAACUUUCACCAGUUGAUGGGCGGACCCUUACUGAUUUCAUGCACACUAGAGGCCUUCAAAUGCGUUCUUUGGGACAUGUUGUCAAGCUUUCUGGAAAGCUAUCGCACGUGCAGUCACUUUGUAUUCAUGAGAUGAUUGUUCGGGCUUUCAAGCAUAUCGUACAGGCAGUGAUGGCCACUGUUGACAACACUAAUAAAAUAGCUGAGUCAAUAGCUUCUGCACUGAACCUGCUGCUUGGAGUCCCUGAUAAUGGAGCACUACACAAGUCUUGCAAAAUCCAUUCCUUGGUGUGGAAAUGGUUGCAGGUCUUCCUGAAGAAGCGAUAUGAAUGGGAUAUUAGCAACUUAGAUUUCAAUGAAAUCAGGAAAUUUGCAAUUCUACGUGGAUUAUGCCAAAAGGUUGGGAUUGAGUUGGUUCCAAGGGAUUUUAACAUGGAUUCUUCAAGCCCAUUUCAACCAUCAGAUGUUGUCAGCCUGGUUCCAGUCCAUAAGCAAUCAGCAUGCUCAUCUGCUGAUGGAAGGCAACUUUUAGAAUCAUCAAAAACAGCCUUGGAUAAGGGAAAACUCGAAGAUGCAGUGACUUAUGGAACCAAGGCUCUUUCGAAGCUGGUGGCAGUUUGUGGUCCAUAUCACCGAAUGACAGCUGGAGCUUACAGCCUUCUUGCUGUAGUUUUAUAUCACACCGGAGACUUCAAUCAGGCCACAGUAUAUCAGCAGAAAGCCUUGGAUAUCAAUGAGAGAGAACUGGGACUAGACCAUCCCGACACAAUGAAGAGUUAUGGAGAUCUUGCUGUAUUCUAUUACAGACUUCAGCAUACAGAACUUGCUCUUGAAUAUGUAAAGCGUACCCUGUAUCUUUUACAUCUUACUUGUGGCACGUCUCAUCCAAAUACUGCCGCAACAUACAUAAAUGUAGCCAUGAUGGAAGAAGGGCUAGGCAAUGUUCAUGUUGCCCUUAGAUAUCUCCACAAAGCUCUGAAGUGUAACCAAAGGUUACUUGGUCCAGACCAUAUUCAGACAGCAGCAAGUUAUCAUGCCAUAGCAAUUGCACUCUCAUUGAUGGAAGCUUACCCUUUGAGUGUACAACAUGAACAAACAACCUUGCAAAUUCUCCGAGCAAAGCUGGGACCAGAUGAUUUGCGUACCCAGGAUGCUGCUGCAUGGCUUGAGUACUUUGAGUCCAAGGCAUUUGAACAACAAGAAGCUGCUCGACAUGGUACUAAGAAGCCAGAUGCAUCCAUAGCUAGCAAGGGACACCUAAGUGUAUCUGAUUUGCUUGACUACAUUAGUCCAAAUCAUGAUGCCAAAGGAAGAGAUACUGCAGCAGGAAAGAGAAGAAGCUACGCUAUGAAGGUGAAGGGAAAACUCCAUCCGGAAAACUCCGAGGGGUCUUUCAAAGAGGCUGCAAAAGAGGCUUCAGACGAAGAGAAACUUUUAUCUGAGCAGGAAGAUAAAACAUAUGUUAAGCAGAAGACUAGCUCUUCACCUUUGCAGCCCCUUGCUCCUGUUGCAGAAGAGACAACUGAGGCAAAACCAAACAUUGAUAAUCACAUUCAUUCUGAAUUACAUGACGAGGGGGAUGAUGGGUGGCAACCUGCUCAAAGGCCAAGAGCAUCUACCUCAUUUGGUGGACGGCGACUAAAGAAUAGGCGAGCAACUAUAGGCAAGGUUUUUAGUUAUCAGAAAAAGAAUAUUGAUUCUGAUGUGGAAUACCCCCUGGUCAAGGCUGCUAAUCAAAAUAGUAGGUAUUACUUUUUAAAGAAACGGGCAAUAUCACAUGGAGCUUAUACAGAUCAGCACACCUUGAAACCCUCCCAAGGUUCAAAAUUUGGACGGGGAAUAAUCAAAACCGUUACGUACAGGGUUAAGUCCACUCCAUCAAGUAAAAUUUCAGCUGAAAUCUCUGGAAAUGGAGGCGAGGUCAUAAGUUCUUCAGGAGGAUCUGCUUCCACCUUGCCACCAAAUGAUCUCCGACCUAUAGUUAGUCUUGGGAAAUCUCCUUCUUACAAGGAAGUAGCUUUGGCCCCUCCAGGAAGUAUCUCUAAACUGCACAUCAGGCCUGAAAGUGAUUGCCCUGAUAGCCCAGAUCUGAGUGUUGGAAAAAAUCAGGAGGAUGUUAAUGAAAUAAAAGACGAGUUGGAUCAGUUGACUACAGGGACCAAACACAUAUUUGAAGAGAAGAAUGAAAAUGCUUCAUUGGAUUCAAUAGAUGGCUCAAAAGAGGAAAUUGAUGUAAUUGCAAUUCAAGAAACUAAAUCACCUACUUUGAUGGAAGAUAAUUCAUCCUUGGUGGUGACUGAGAGAAUGGAAGGACAAGAACUUGAAGCUGGUGGUGAUGAGGCUCAAGAAGUUGUACAGGAUGACACAUUCAUAAGUGGCAUGCCAAGUUCUAUUGAUUCUCCUGAAAAGGAAUUCUGCGAGAAGAAUUUGUUCACAAGUUUUGUACCCCACAGAGUUUCAAGCUCCAAUUUACAAGGGGUAGAAGAAUUGAAGGACAAAUCCUUAGCCCUAAAUUCUGGUAACAGUCAGGGACUUGCCAACAAGAAGUUGUCCGCGUCUGCAGCUCCUUUCAACCCAUCAACACCCAUUCCACGUCCUGCACCACACCCUAUGAACAUCACCCUUCCUCCUGGAGCUGGACCUGUUCCAGCCAUUGCGCCUUGGCCAGUGAACAUGCCUAUUCAUCCUGUAUCGCCUCCUGUCUUACCAAAUCCCAUAUGCUCCCAAUCUAACCAUCCAUAUCCAUCACCUCCUCCAACUCCAAACAUGAUGCAGUCUCUAUCCUUCAUUUAUCCACCCUAUACUCAACCCCAACCUGUACCAACAAGCUCCUUUCCAGUAACUAGCAGCGCUUUUCACCCUAGCCAAUUCUCAUGGCAGUGCAAUGUGAACCCCAGUGUACCAAAGUUCAUUCCUGGGGCAGUUUGGCCCGGUCAUCCAAUGGAUUUCUCCAUACCAUCAAGGAUUGUUGAGCCAAAUACUGAUCAUAUAUUGGAACCAAAAAUCCAAGGUGACGGUUCUAACCCUAGUUCAGCUUCAAUGCAUCCAGUGGAUAUUGACAAUGCAAGAGAAGCUAGCAAAGAAGUCAACAUUUCAACAUCUGAGGCAUUAAAUAAUGCUAAUGAAAUAGCUAGCUCUGGGUUGGAAAGUCCGCACGAAAAUGGUCACUUGAAUCAAUGUAUCUUUUACAAUUCUGGAAAUCAACCGAGCCAAUACAACAGCCCAAACAAAAAUGCCGGAGGCAGCGCUGAAAGGAAGAGUGAUGAUGAGAGAACCUUCAGCAUUCUAAUAAGAGGUAGAAGAAACCGGAAGCAGACGUUGAGAAUGCCGAUCAGUUUACUUAGUCGACCAUAUGGCUCGCAGUCUUUUAAAGUUAUAUACAACAGAGUUAUUAGAGGGACUGAAGCUCCAAAACCUACUGAUUUUUGUACGAGUGAUGAUUGUACAGCUAGUGCCACAUAGCCAAAAGCUUUUUCCCUUUCCUUGCUGAUUUUAUCAUAGAAAGAUUGUCGAACAGGGCAGAAGAAAAAAAAAUGAUCAGUCUUCUAGCUUUAUGGGAACAAGGACGAGUGUGGCUUUUGAAAUCAGGUUCAAAUGGUAUUUAAAUACUGGAGAUUUAAGGAGUUGUUAAGGUGACAAUUUUGGUCUAUACUUUAGCUAGAACAAUUUUUUAUAUUAUUGAAUUUUAAAACACUGGUUUCACCUUUUCGUUUUUUAUAGAAAUCACGCUGGUAUUGGUUUCAUUCAA